GUCAUGUUUAUUGGAUAAUACAUUUGUAAAAUCCCCUUCUCAAUGGCUUACCUUAGAUAUGUUUCCUACAAGAUUCAAAAUGAUUAUGAAACUGAUUUGACAUGGAGGGUAAGAACGAAAGUGAUGUUGAUUUGACUAUCCAAGCAUUGGAUGAUAUAGAAAAAUUGGGUGUAGAAUAUAGAAAACAAUUGCGUAUGGUUAAUACCCGUAUACGGAAUUUGCAAGAAGACAAACUUAUAGAGGCAACAUUAAAUGAACAGAAAACUGAUAUUAUCUCAGGGAAACUAGAGAAAAUUGCAGCUGGUAACAAUGAAGUGACGAUUCUAUUAGCAAAAUUUCAAAACAACACGAAAAUAUGGAAAGAACUUGCAAAUCUACCUAUGAAACGUGAGGAAAAGGGAAGGCAAACAAAUCAAGAAACAGACAGUGGAUUUGGCAGUGCAACGUCAAAGGUUCUCAACAGUAAUAUCUUGAGUGGAAUACAAGAUACAAACCCACCAGGAAAUGAACACCAGUAUUGUUCAGAGGUGGAUGGCGAAGGUGAUGAUAAUACAGAAAAUGACAAAGAUUCUGACACUGAAUGUUGAGAGCAAACGUCUGAUGCAUAGGAUAUGGUAUUGCACUAUACAAACAUGCAAUCAUUGUAUUGUAUAUUGUGGAUUCAUUAUUUUUGUGGGAUACCAAUUUUCUGCAGAAUUAGUGGGUAGGGACAAACCCCGAAUUUUAAUGUUAAAUAAAGUACAAAUUUCCCAUAGACUUGUAUGCAGACGUUGUCUAAACCACGUAAUCUCCUAUUCACUAACAUACAAGUUUUCCUCAAUCCACGAAAAUUGGUACCCACGAAAGUAGAUGAAUCCACAGUACAUGUUUGUAAGAAAUUAAAAUUGUUAAGAAACUUAAGCAACUUGUGAUGUAAAAAAAAUACCCGAACCAUACUGAGACAUAUAUUCGAAGGUAAGGGUAUUCUUUAUAUAUAGAUUAUAACAUGGCAUUUUUCAUAUCAGACCCCUUAUCAGCCCUAGGUCAUGAUAUCAGCCCGAGAGCCGACAGGCUCGAGGGAUGAUUUUGACCAUGGGCUGAUAAGGGAUCUGAUAUGAAAAAUGACAUGUUAUGUUCUUUUUAUCAUAUACUUCAGCAGAAGCCAUACAGACAUGAAAACUUUUUUAAAACUUUAUAAAAUUCAGUUAUUGUAUUAUUUGUUUUGCGUUUUUUAAUAAUAUAUUUUCCUGUGUCCUAAUAUUCAUUCUGUUAUUCUACUUAGCUAUGUUUUUCACUUAAAUGUACCACUGAGGUUUAUUUUCCGGAAUUUGCAGAAUGACGUCGAAAUGCUUUGCGAUUACGUUAAAGAAAGGCAUGCGAUGAUAACCGGAAGCAGUUGAUAUAAACCGGAAACAGUUGAUUUUCACCGGAAGCAGUUGAUAACAAAAGUCAUAUCACACGGCGAAGACAAUUCUUCAAAUUUAUUGAAUAAAUAUAUGUAUAAAUUAGUUUUAUCAAGAGGUACAAUUAUACCAUUAUUUUCUACAAGUAUAUGAUAAAUUAUGAGAUAUCUUUAUAUAGAGUUUAUGAAAUAUCUCAUGUAAUUCACAAUAGACAAAUAUUUCAUAUAAUGUAUACGAUAUUUUAUAAACGAAAAUCGAACUUAUAUUGAUAAAAUAAAAAAAGAGAUAUCUUUUAUUUUUAUUGUAUCUUACAAAUUUUAUCGGAUAGCUUGUGAAAAAUAGAUCAUAUCUCAUAUAUGAUAAAUUGAGUAUUCUAUAUAUGUAAAUACGUCGCAAAAGCUCACAUCUAUCACAUAGUAUUCUUCAUGGCUUAGCUUUGGAAAGUAUCUUAGGAAAAACACAUGUCCUAAGACUAUUUUAGGACAUGUCUUAGUUCUAAAAGUAUUCUAAGUUAGUAUACACCCAAAGUUUAUCAUUGAGUAAGGACAUCAAAAUGCAUAACUUAAGAUGGUCAUAUGAUAACUAGAAAUCAAUAUUUAGUUAAAACAGUUAAUUUGCUAUCCCUUUAGUCGUUCCAUGCUUUAUAGAUAUAGGUGCAAAAAAGAAUAUUGUUACAUAAGGUUUAAUUAUAAAUAAAAUAUUGUAUGUCAAUAUGGUUAUUUUCUACUUAAUUUGUAUUACUCCUUUUUAUGAAAGGGUAUAUUUGAGGGUUUUUUUUUUUCAUUUAAAGAAUGUUAUGAUUGUUUUUAUUUGAAUGGUUGGUAUUUAUAUUUGUAUGUGUGCUUGGAUGUAAGAACAACACUUUGUAUAGAAACUUGGACUAAUGCAUAUAUUUGUUCUGUAUGCCAUACAUAACAUUCACUCAUAUACUUUUUCAAAAUAAUGUGAUACAGGUGCAAUUGUUAUCUUAGCGAAUAUGCAGUCAUCAAAUAUCAAUUAUUAUAAGACUGUCGCAAAAAUGUUUUUGUCUGAAUGUUGGCCAUUAUUCCCGGUUUUGUUUUCUGUACAUUCAAAUUUUUAUGAUAUGUUUUUUAUCUGACUUUUGACAUUUCUUCGUUCACCUGCUAAGCAUUGUAGAAAAUGUUGCUUGCCAUCUAUGUAUAUUAUUUUUUACCUGAAACGGAUACGAUUUUAUUGGCAUAUCCAGUGCUUUAGAUAAUUCCGGCCAGUAAAGUUUUCAUGUGAUCUUCAUAAGGACAUUUAUUAUAUUCAAUGUAGAUAUUACAAUGUAAAAGAUGCACUCAUGUUGUAAAGCUCACUAUACAUGACUUUAUAUAUGUAGAUAUUGAGUGUUUUGAGUGAGGAGAAAUAAUUUAAAAAUCAGUUGUGUAUAAGAUAUUUUUUAUUUGAUCAUUAUCACUAUCAUUUGAUCAAUCAACAUGCACCAAAAUAAUGUUUCGUUUAUGUUCAAUGUAAAACAGAUUGAUUUUCAUUUAUCUAUGUUUUUUAAAUGUACACAUUUCCAAUUUUUUUGUUUACUCUUAAUUUUGUUUUGAGCAUCAUUUUUAGAAAUGCUCUUCUUCAAAUGUACAUUUGCUGCAUCAAAUGAAUUUCGGUAUUUUUUAAUUGUACAAAAGGGAUUUCAUUUUUGAUUUAAUCCAACAUGCUGUCAUGUUUAGAAUGUCGAUGAAUUAUUCAUCAAGCGACUAACCAGCAAUACAGUUUUUUUUAAAUAUCAACAGCAUUUAUUAUCUUUUAAAAUUAUAAUAGAAAUGAAUGUGCAUUCAUUUAAUGCGUUCGUCUAAAUAUUCUCUAAUGUCUUCUACUAUAUAAUUGAUGCUCACUUUUAUCUUAAAGGAGCAUGAGCUGUCAAAUUCGUGUUCAUCGGUUUGACGCAAAUUCUCAUAUUUGAUUUAUAACAUACUAAAACGUACGUAUAUUUCCAAAUUAUAAAAUGUCUAAAAUAGUCAAUUUAUAAUGCAUGGGCUAGAUAAUAUGUAUCAGCAUUUCGUGUGUAUUUUAGUCUAGACGCCAUCAAAUUAACUAUCGAGAUGACCUCCGAAGACUGCCGACGGUCAUAUAAUCCGAUAAAAACAUAAAUAUAGAUAUAAAUAGAUAGAUAGCGAACUCGUGCAAUUGGAUUUUUUUAGGUCUGUUAGAUUUCAUUUUAUAGGUUAAAAAUAUAUGUUAAUCAUCGUUUUUACCUGUAUAAGAAUGAGUUUUUGUGGUCGAAUCAGUCAAUCAAAUGGUUUACUCUUGUUUCACUUUCAAUGUUGACAUUCUUUUCCUUUUAAUAACUGAACACGCCUAAUUCAUACGUAACCCCUCUCUAAAUGAAGGUCACAUGAAUACGGAUUCAAUGAGGUCGAAUUAUUCACUUGCAAAAAAAAAGAAAAGUCGGACUCACCGUUCACGAACAUCCCCUUACAUUUUUUACUUUAGCCCUUGACGACAGAUUUUAGUUGUGGAUCAUUUUUAUGCAUAACUUUUAAAAUAAUAUCAUAUGUGUGUGAGUGUUAUCUAGGGUAAUUAGUCUUCAACCUCUGAAAAUUUUUAGUCUGCCCUUCCAUGAAAUAUUUAAUUAGAAUUUUUUUACUGAUUUUUAACGUACAAAAAUUCCCCCCUGACAACCAGAAAAUAGUGAAGUUGAGAAAAGGCCUAAAAGUACAUUGAAAGGUGCUUAAUAGCUAGAUACGAUUCUUAUACGACAGUUGUGUUUUAUACAAAUACAACUGUCAUGUAAAGAUCGUAAUAACACUAUGUGCAUUAAUUCGUCGUUUUUCAACAGAUAAAUUGACAGCUCGUCAUCCAUACAAUGGUUUCCAUUUUCGCGAUUGAAAAAAAUAGGUGGUGUAAUGGGGAGAUAAUUUUGACAAAGUAGAAUCCUGACCUGACUGUUUAGAACUCGUUGAACUGAUAUAAGUAUAAAAAAUAUGGCAUAUGCAGCAUUUAUAUUUCUAAAGUUGUAUAAAUGUAUACAGUGUAAGUAACCAGCGACAAAACUACAUUUUAUUCAAUAGACUAUUUUCAUAUUACCGACUUUUGACUCCGGAUUUUAUUAUUUUUCGACAGGUUACCUAUUCUGUGGUAAGACAUUCUAGUACUCGGUCAAGUAAGAGCAACCAGAAGAAGUAAAAUCAAACAUAUAAUCGGUGCAAUUUUGGGGGAAAGUUUUCUGUUUUCCGAUGAUUUUGUCGUGUAAAAAAAUAUAAAACAGUAAAUUUCUCCCCUAAUUUGUAAAGAGUGUAAGCUUGAUUUUACUUCAUUAAAUUGCUCUUACUUAACCUGUCGAAAAAAGAUAAACUCCGGAGUCAAAAGUCGGUAAUAUGAAAACAGUCUAUAAAAAAUGUGUUUUCUUAAAAUUCCGUCCACAGUUAUUCCUGUGAUCUGUCUUUAAUGCUGUUUUUACUGUAUAUACCGAAACUAAUUGAUUUCUAUUGACGAAACGAAUCAUUAAACGGGUAUAUUUAUAGCAAUAACAUAUCAUUUAUAAACACAAUUCUGUGGACAAAUUCAAAAGGACUAGAAUGCAUUUUCAAGCCGUUUCUAACGUGCAUCAUAGAUAUAAAAGGCUACUAUAUUUAUGCAUACAUUGAACAUGUAUACAUUUAUAUACUCUAUUUUUGAAUUUAUUUAUGUAUCGCUGUAAAUAUAAAUGAUACACAUAACAUUUUAGGCAUAUAGAUGCGUUUCAAGGAUCAAGUUCUGCAUAAUAAUAUGAAAUACUGCCCAAUUCAAUCUAUUUAAAAUAUAGAUCUCUGAUUUCGGUAUGCUUCUAGGAGCACACGAGACAUUAAUUUUAAUCAGAUUGCGUCCAAUUACGUAUGUGUUGUCCUAAUCUCUCCAAUGAAGUACAUAGUAUCUUAAUCCGUGUUCUUCCUACCAUUUUAUAAGGUUUCUAUAUUAGUUUUUACUAUUAUUAUUGUUGUUGUUAAUGUUGUAGAUACUACAAUGGCUUUGUAACGAAACUAAUAAAAUUGUGCAAUGAUUUAAAAA